UUCCAGAGCCGCACAGCAAAAAGUACUAAAUAAGGAAAUGGUUCCCUCUGCUGGAGAAAAUGUGAAAAUGUCGAGUUUGGAUGGUGCGUAAAAGCAGCAGUAACAGAAUCAAACUAUGACUAAACGUCUGGUCCAUUGUGGUAAACAGAACUGUAACAUAUAUAACAUGAUGACUGAUUAAUUACUAAUAAAUAAUUCUGGAGUUGCACGAGUUUUAAGACCUCGAUUUAAGAAUGUUCGGAACAUCCUUAUUAUUCAUUUUAUCCUUAUUCAAUCGAAUCAUUUCAACACGAUUCUGACUUUAUGUUUUUCUUUCUGUUUUUGUUUGUUUGCUUAUUAAUUGCCCAAUGCACCCUGUUUACAGUCCAAACUAAAACCAGAAGCGGUGGACUUUGGACCAUUGGGAAACAAGUCUUAGAAUAAUGUUUAAGGUGGAUGAGUCAAGAAAAGUCACCAAAAAUAAGAGUCCAGUCUGACCAAGAGCAUCGGGAUAAACAGACAGAGGUGGAAGUGGCCCUUCCGCUGCAGUAAACCCGCACAUCUGCUUUGGGGGCGAGUUGCUUUUUUUUACGCAAAGGAUGUGAGCAGGAGUGGCACUCGGGGGGCUUUAAAUAGGAUCUGUCUCCAAACUUUGGGACAACAGAGCAUCUGAAAGCUUCCAGCAGCUCGCAGUGGAAACCACCGGUUUGCUGAAGGAUGGACGUCAACAGGAGACUAAGGAUGAGGGACACCGUGCUGGCGCUCUUGCUCGCUCUCCUCCAGGAAUUUCCUCUCGGGGAAACAGCCGCGAACCCUUCUCCGUUGGUUGGAUCCAACUGGGGGAACCCGAGGAGAUACGUCCACCUGCAGACGUCCACAGACCUCAGCAACUUCUACUUGGAGAUCAGAUUAGAUGGCACUGUGCGCAAAACUACCGUCAGGAGUUCAUAUAGUGUGAUUUUACUGAAAGCUGAGACAAGAGAGCGCAUCGCCAUCUUCGGCGUCAAAAGUAGCCGCUACCUGUGCAUGGAUUUGGAGGGCAACCCUUUCAGCUCUCCUAUCUGCCUCAGGGACGACUGUCUGUUCAACCACAGACUUCUGGAGAACAACCGGGACGUGUACUACUCCAGCCGGACCGGCAUCCUGUUCAACCUGGAAGGCUCCCGGCAGGUGUUCGCAGCGGGCCAGAACGUGCCGCAGACCUCCCUCUUCCUGCCCAAGAAGAACACGGUGCCGCUGGAGCGCCUCCUGCUGCACAGGGAGAAGAGGAACCAGGUGGUGGAUCCCUCCGACCCGCACAACGUCUUCAUGGGUCAGACCGAGGAGGGCUCGGACUCCCGGGCCGUGCCGGAGGACGACGCAGACCUGGAGGUGGAGGUGGAGGCUGGAGACGAUGGGCGCAACGUGUCCCGGGAGACGCCGCUGGCUCCGUCCACCCACGACCCCUGGAACGUGCACUCGUUCAACCCAGCCAGCCCUCGGAGCUCCGGGACCAUGGGGUGAUUUCAGUGCUGACGUUUACUGACACGGAUUUAUUUACCUUAGUCUGAAUUUGAGUGGAAUCCAUAAGGGAUGUGCAUUUUACCUGGAGUCAUCUUAUCUAUCAUGAAUAUUUCACUUUUUGUGGAUACAGGGAUUUCACCAUAGUUAAAAAUGUCUUUAUGUGCCAAGGUGAGUGAUCUUAAUCCAUAUACCAUCCCCAUCCAUUACCAUUAGUUUUAUUUGCUGGCACUCACACUGGGCUGUAGCUUUGAUGAGAAACGGCAGUAAAAUAUGACUGAAUUAUUCAUACAAACUGUUCCUCGCUGAAGAACUACAUGAUUUAUUUGAGCAAGGAUGCAAUUACUUAUCAAUUUCUGUUGUUGGUUUUUUUUUUGUUGUUGUUUGUUUUUUCGUAGUGGUCUCUUCUCAUUGAGGUUCUUACAGCUGGUCUGAGAAACCCACCUUUCAAAAGGGACUUUCAUAUUAUCUCAGAGAAGCCUAUCUUAGCCUACCUCUGUUAAACCCAAAUAUAUAUGCACGAAUAUACUUAAGAGUGGCAUUUAGUAGAGCUAAGGUUAAGUUUUGCCUAUAUUUUAAAGUCCUUAGUUUACUUGGCUAUAGGAAAUUUGAAGUUGUUUAAUAGAUUUUGAACCUAAAAUAGCAAUUAUGAUUACUACAAUUACAGUAUUUGCUGUGUUAAUGUAUCUGUAUUUGUAUGAUCCAGUUCAUGACUUGAAGGAAUAUUACUACAGGGUAAACAACCUUUAAAGAGCAGUCAUCUUGACAUCGAAUCUGAACUCUGGUUAUGUGAUUUUACAGGUGCUGGGCACCACCAGCAAACCUUUAAAAUAAGAAGAAAAAAAAACAGUCCCAAAGAGUAUUUAUUUAUUUAAUUCCAUUCCUUUGUUGUUAUUUAUGGUAUUUAUAAGGAUCCUUUUCAGUUAAAUGUACAUAUAGGAAAACACGGUUUGUCUUUGAAUGUAUGAGUUGGAGUUGUCGGUGGAGUGUUGCUUGAAUUUGGGACAAAAUAAACUUUAUAAAGGAAACGUGUGAAGUGUUGUG